GCCCAGCCUCCCAGCGCGCCGCUCUGGAGUAGCCUCAGCUCCGCGCGCAGCUGCCUCCGAGCUCCGCAGCUAGCGGCUGGGCCCGCGGGGUCAUGGCGUCGUGCGUGGGGAGCCGGACCCUGAGCAAGGACGAUGUGAACUACCGGGUGCACUUCCGCAUGAUCAACGAGCAGCAGGUGGAGGACAUCACGCUGGAGUUCUUCUACCGCCCGCACACCAUCACGCUGCUUAGCUUCACCAUCCUUAGCCUCAUGGCCUUCGCCUUCACCAGGGAUGAUUCUGGCCCAGAAGACAAUAUUUGGAAAGGCAUCCUCUCUGUGGUUUUCUUCUUCCUAAUCAUCAGUGUUCUAGCUUUUCCAAAUGGGCCCUUUACUCGCCCACAUCCUGCAAUAUGGCGAAUGGUUUUUGGUCUCAGCGUUCUCUAUUUCCUGUUUCUGGUGUUCGUGCUCUUCCUCAACUUUGAGCAGGUAAAAUCAGUGAUGUAUUGGCUGGACCCUAAUCUCCGAUACGCUACUAGGGAAGCGGAUAUCAUGGAAUAUGCUGUGAACUGUCAUGUUAUCACCUGGGAGAGAAUGCUUAGCCAUUUUGAUAUAUUUGCCUUCGGGCAUUUCUGGGGCUGGUCAAUGAAGGCCUUGUUGAUCCGCAGCUAUGGCCUAUGUUGGACUAUUAGCAUCACCUGGGAGCUCACUGAGCUCUUCUUUAUGCAUCUUCUGCCUAAUUUUGCUGAAUGCUGGUGGGAUCAAGUCAUUUUGGACAUCCUGCUAUGUAACGGAGGUGGGAUCUGGCUGGGCAUGGUAGUUUGUCGUUUCUUGGAGAUGAGGACCUAUCACUGGGCAAGCUUCAAGGACAUUCACACCACCACAGGGAAAAUCAAAAGAGCUGUAUUACAGUUCACUCCAGCUAGCUGGACCUAUGUCCGCUGGUUUGACCCCAAGUCUUCAUUUCAAAGAGUUGCUGGAAUCUACCUUUUCAUGAUCAUCUGGCAGCUGACUGAGUUGAACACUUUCUUUUUGAAACAUAUCUUUGUGUUCCAAGCAAGCCACCCUUUGAGUUGGGGCAGAAUUCUUUUCAUUGGAAUUAUCACGGCGCCCACUGUCAGGCAAUACUAUGCCUACCUCACAGACACACAGUGCAAAAGGGUAGGAACUCAGUGCUGGGUGUUUGGGGUCAUUGCUUUCCUUGAAGCUAUUGUGUGCAUAAAGUUUGGACAAGAUCUCUUUUCCAAAACACAGAUAUUGUAUGUUGUGUUUUGGUUUCUUUGUGUGGCUUUUACUACUUUCCUGUGUUUAUAUGGCAUGGUUUGGUAUGCAGAAUACUAUGGCCACCGAGAAAAGACCCUGUCAGAAAGCGAAGACAGCCCAUACAGCCCAGAUGCCUCCUGGCUUCAUUCUAAAUUCACAAAAGGUACUGAAGAUAGUCCACCAAAACAUUCAGGCAACAGCGAGAGCCAUUCAUCGAGAAGGAGGAAUCGUCAUUCCAAAACAAAAGUAACCAAUGGAAUUGGCAAGAAAUAAGACCAGUCUUUAAAGAUGUUUCAGAGUGUCCCUAAAGAUGAGAAGGAAAACUGCACCUGGUUCUGAAUUCCCAAGUGGAAGGUUACUAAGAAUACAGGAGGAAGAUGUGGGGGAGAAAUGCUUUCAGUAAUCGAAGGGCCUAGUAUCUCUAAAAGUGGAGCCAUCAGUGUAUUGCAAACCAUCGCCUGCUGUCACUUGCCACUCACUGGCUUCAGUCUAAUUUCUUCAGCACUUGGCACUCAAAAACUAGUAGUAUGUUGAAAAGAAUUGUUUGCUCACAGCAGGUAUAGGAUGGUUUAUGUUCGGGUAUUGCCGUUGUAUUUUUAAUGUCUUUAUUAGUUAAGAAUCAGUAACCCAGAAGUUAAUGGACUGAUACCCAGUUGGCUUGGUUUUGUUUUUCUGGUUUGUUUUGAUUACUUUGUUUUGAAGUGCAUGCAGUCUUUUGACAGCUCUGCUCUAUAUUCUCAGCCUGAGAACUAAGUUUUUUUAUACUAAUGGUUUGGAGCAUUUUUUUAAAAUUCCAUGCUUGUAUCCAGUCAGUGAUUUGAUUUACAGACUUUCUACUUGGUGGCAGGCUUUUACCAACUAAGGAGUAUGUCCAGGUUUCUUGUAAUGGUCAAAGACUGAACUUUAAAUAAGCUUUUCUUUUCUUCUCAUUCUGUUACACGCUCUUAUUUGUUCAGGCCUAAUUAAUAUGCAUACAUGAAAACCCACUACAAAGUAGUGAGGACUUUGCCUACUGCCCCCAGGGACUGCUGUUAUUUAGUUUUACUUACAUUUUCCCCAUUACUUCUGUGUAUUUUCUGCUAUGAACUGCAUCAGGUGUUAAGUGUAGGAUAUCACUUAGACAGUAUUUUUUCAGCUGUUUCAUUAUUUGUAAUAUACUUAUGCCUUUAUUUGCCUACAUCUGAACAGUACCUAAAAUGAUUCCACUGUGUAUUUUUUUUAAAUAAGAUUUAUGGUAAAGGCUGCUUUGAAGGCUUUGGUAUACUGUCAUGCCUGAUGAUAAAGCAGCUUCUCCAUGAAGUACUGUAGUGUGCCUGUUCUGUAAACUUUCAGUAACUUGUGAAGGUUUACUGUGUUCCUCAAGGGGUUAGCAUAAUGUUAUUGUGCUAGACAGUGUUAUUUUGCUAUUUUCUAAUAUGCUAUCAAAUAGCAUAUAGCAAAUAAACCACUUUUUGAAACAUCCGUAAUAAUUACAAUCACAGUCAAAAUGCAUAUUACUAUUUCCUAAGAUGCUAUCAAAUAGCCUAUAGCAGACAACCCUCUUUUUGCAACAUCUGUAAUAAUUACAGCCACAGUUCAAGUAGGUAAUUCGCGUGAACUGCAGAGUGUAACGAUCAAUCUUAAAUCAGACGUUCAAUAUCAGCUAGUUUUUAUACUAAGUUAUCAAGUUAUCUUAAUUAUUUUAGGUGCCAACUAGUUUUGGGGACCUGUAACCCCAAAGAGCUCAGAAAACCAGACAGGUUAAGCAAGAAUCAAUAGUAUUUAGAAGUCACAUGCCCUUAUAGUAACUAUAAUUUUAAAUGUAUCCGAGUAAUGUUACUGCAGUUUGCCACAGGUUGCAUACUAUAAAAUAUGGUAAAGGCCUCAUAGGAGUGUAUAAUACAAUAAAUAGGGGAAGCAUCCUCUGUAAUCAAAUCAAGGACUAUGCAUGUGCCACAGAUUAUCAAAAUUUUGAAUGCUGCUGCCUAACUCUUUGGAAGCCCUUUUUUCAAUCAAACACAAAUGUACAACUUCAGAACCAGUUUACCGUGAAAGCUGCUAUGUCAUUGUUGCUGCAUCUCUGUUAAAUGUUACAUGAAAAGGUCAGGAAGAUUUAGAUUUACGUAUAAAUAUUCUGUUUUUGUAUUACCAGUGCUGAGUACCUUGGAUAUCCAUUUGUUCUCUUCAUGCUGUAUACUGUUGAAUGUAUUUGCAACUUCAUUUGGAUAUUCAAAUAUGUUGUUUCGUAUUUUUUCUGGUUAUUAAUUCAGUCACUGAAAGACUGAAGAUGGCAUUGUGAAGUUGUUUUCUAUUGAAUCAGUACCAAAGCAAGUGUCAGGCUUCAUCAGGUUGUUUUUAAGGACCACAGCUUUCAAAGGCAAAAGCCUGUUCUGUACUUGCAAAAUGUGCAUACACUCACAGCACACAUCAAGCUCACCCUGGCCUGAGUAAGCUGGCUUCAAGCUCAGUUGUUCAAGUUCAGUUGUUCAUGUAGUGAUGCAUGCAGACAUUUUGCAAAUGCAGAGCUGAUGCUCACCCCAUGGGUUGUAUCUAAAAAUGUAAAAAGGGAAACAUAAGAGAGUCACUAGCUGAAAGUUCUAAUUUCUGGAUGCUGGCCAGUAGAAAGUGAGUCAAGGCCUUCAGCUCAUACCUAUGAAAGAGAUGUUGUCUUGACAGUAUCUUUUAAAUGUUUCACAUAAGAGUGUUUGGGGGUUUUUUUUCCAUUUCCUUUAAAAAUCGGGGAGGAGGGGAGAAAGCAUCAAGUCAUUAGGUGCUGUUUGUAAAAUGGCACUUUCUGCACUGCCAGUAAUCUUGGCUGAAAUUAACAAGUGUUUUCACGGGUCAUCUGCUGACUGACAACUGCCAUUUCUGCUCCAUUUUCCAUGGAAAUUGCCUUUGCAUUGGUAGAAAUAAGAAAGGUGCUUUUGAUCAGCUGCAAAACAAACGUGAUCUCAUAAUCAAACUUCAAAGCAUUAUUGCUGGACCCUGUGUGACACCUGUCAUGAAUAACUUAAGCUGUUGUAACAAUAUCCUUAUAUCAAGAAUUUUGCUGCUUGACCAGUGCAUUGUCUUUCUUAUAACCACUUUCUGUCUUUCCAUAUAAUCCACUCUUACCUUCCUGUCUUCCUUUCUCUCCUUUUUAUUUUUUUAUCUUCCAGUUUUAAAACAUCUGCCCCCUGUCACUGAAGGGACUGAAUUUGCCCUCUGGAGACAGCCCUUCAUGGCAGUCAUUGAAGGGGGGCCAGUUCAGAACAACUUGGCAGAAACAAGGGGGUGGUGUCCACAGUUUACAACACUGUGAGUAGAUUUAAUAGCAAUAGACAGUUUUCAAGAAAGAACGCAUCGAAUAAACAGGAAGCCACCACAAGUAAAUGGGACCAGCAGCUGCCAGUAUUGUAGUUCAAUGGCAAGUGCUUUAAAUCAAGUAUGGUGUCAAAUGAAAUCCAUGGAGGAGUUUACUUUCCUUAUUCAUCUGUGACAAGAACUGUUUGGUGUUCUAUCUAUUAAAACCAUGAUAUUUACUACAUUUCUCACAAGAUGGCACAGGAGUCACCCUGCAUUUAACAGCAUCUCCCAUAGAAUUGCUCUGUAUCAAUUGCGAACUACUGUGUUUUGCAGUAACUCAGUAAAAAAAAA